AUGACAUGCCUGAAGAGGCACCAUCUUAUUGAACACUCGGACCGGGAACACGAGAUAAACACAAAGCACAGCAUGAAUGAGAAUAAGUGCCGCACCACACACAACGACUACGUGACAUGCAUGGGCUCCAAUAAUAAUCAGGGGACCCUUUUGCAUAAUGCUGCGUUGCACAGCAACUGCCAUGAUUUUUGUGUGGAGCUUAUGAAUUGUUUCUCCACAAACCGUGAGUUGGAGACGCAAACUUCGGAGCCGCAGUGCAUUCCUUUUUAUCGUCGCCUGUUGCGUUGUGGGCUACAUCAUCUAUGGAAUAACUACUGGUGUGCGCUGACGAAGUUUGGCGAGGCGGAAUAG